CCGUUUAGUGGCGUACACUUCUGCAAAUACGAUUACGAACAUGUCCGAGGAAUUAAUGAAAUUAGCACAUACUGCAGCGGAUGCGUCUCUCAUCCGUUAACAGAAGCACCAACCCUUUUCCACGAUAAGGCACGAACACGUGAAGGCGUACGCUGUACCAUUGUACCGGUUGGACGGACACGUUCUGGGAAGUCUACUCUUGUUCGUCAUCUAGUAAACACCAACUUUGAAAAGGAAGGACCGCCUAUUUAUAUACUAGACGCUGACGUAGGUCAAUCCGAGUUCACACCAGCUGGAUGCAUGUCCCUUUGGAAAGUUUCAGAUGGUAUUCUUGGACAACUUAUGGUAUGUAAUGUUCUUUUACUGUGGCUUACAUCCUAUUUUCUUAGAAGGCCUAUUUCUCUGCAAUCCUGUCAAUUGCGAGAUCUUACAAUUAUCUCGUAUUUCUCAUCCGUUCUACCACGACCAGUACUUUCGUCUAUAUGUGAUGCAACACCUUACUCCGUGAAUUUUAAGAUUUAUUCCUUUUGCGUUUUCCUUUUUACCAAUGAACUUUUAUGCAUUUUUUUGUCCAACAACUCCAGAGAAACUCGACGAAUUUUGAGUGACGAUUCGCUCCCUUUAGUGUCCAUUAUUCGAGGUGGUUCUCCAAUUCUCAAGUGUCAUGGCUUUGGAAUAAUAAGAGCUGUCGACUUAGAGAAGAAGAUAUUUUAUGUGAUAACGCCUGUACCGUUAUCCGAACUUCCAAGGAUUACAAUAUUUGCCAGGGGAACAGGAAUACUGGUACCUCAAUUGUUUUUUCGGACAUUUUUGUUAUUGUUGUUGUUACGUAACUGUGUCUUCUUGGAUUGUUAUUUUCCUGAAAUAAAUAGGACCAGUUAUACGUACCGACUACGUACGUGGAUUUUGUAG